UGCUCUUUUAUAAAUAGCCUGCUAGUGUUGUAUGUUUGUGAAUGUUGGAGUGUGUGUGUGUGUGUGUAUGUCUGCGGUACUCUUGGACUUUGUGCACAACUUCUGUUCCCCCAACUCUGCCCAUCUCUGCUCACUGCCCUCUGCCUGCCUGGCUGCAAUGGAGCUGUCCACAUCGCCCUCCCUGUGGGCUUAUGGCUCUGUCCUGCUCAUCUUCUCCCUCCUGGUGUAUUUGAAAUGUUCCCAUUCUGACAUGGUUCUGACCCCUGCUCUGCUCGUCUACUUCUUCCUGCUGGUGCUCUUUGAGUGGUUCUGCCACCUGUACCUCCCCAUCUUUCUAGGAAUGGUUCUGCUCAGUUUGGCAUGCUGCUAUGUCCUCAGCAUUGUGUCCCCCAAGAAAAUGCUGCCGGUGGCAGGGAAAGCUGUGCUGAUCACAGGAUGCGAUUCUGGAUUUGGAAAGGCCUCUGCUCAGAGAAUGGAUGAGAUGGGCUUCAAGGUGAUUGCCACUGUGCUGGAUCUUAACAGCUCAGGGGCCAAGGAUCUCCAGAAGAGGUGUUCAGACCGCCUAACUAUCAUUCAAGUGGAUCUGACGAAACCUGAGGACAUCAAGAGAGCCCAGCAAGUGGCAAAGGAGCAGACACAUGAAACUGGGCUGUGGGCGCUGGUCAACAAUGCUGGAUAUUGCGCUCACUUUGGAGAUGCUGAGCUGUCACUCAUGUCCACCUACAGAGGCUGCAUGGAAGUAAAUUUUUUUGGGACACUGGAGAUCACUAAAGCUUUGUUACCUAUGCUACGCAGUUCUAAGGGACGAAUUGUGACUGUCAGCAGCCCAGCUGGUGAGCACUCAUUUCCAUUCUUGGCUGCAUACGGAUCCUCCAAAGCUGCUCUGAGCCGAGUAAUGGACACAUUUCGCCAUGAGCUGUCGCCUUGGGGAGUUAAAGUCAGCGUGAUUCAGCCAGCAUCCUAUAAAACUGGGGCACAUGAUGACAAAAACCAUUGGGAGAAUCAGCACAAGAAACUGCUAUCCAAUCUACCUAGUGAACUUCUUCAAGAGUAUGGUGAGGAAUAUAUCUCUGAAACCCAAAACCUCUUUUUGGAAUAUGGGAAGACAGCGUCCACUGACCUCAGCCCUGUGAUGGACAGUAUAACUGAUGCCAUCUUAUCUGAGAACCCUAAAGUGAAAUAUUAUGCUGGCAAGCGGUUGUGGCUCCUUUACUUUAUUGGACUAUAUUUACCUCAUAUCAUCAGUGACGGCUUCUAUAAAAACUUAUUCCUGAAGGGCAAGACCAUACCCAGAGCUCUGCGAAAGCAGAAGAGCCACGAGUAGGAAUAAUCUGAUCAAGCCAUGCAAUCUGUGUGUUGAACCAUGACAAACUAUUUUCUCUGGGAGCCAACUUGGCAGUGAUAAAGGCAAAACUAAAUAAUAUUAAAAGGCACUGGCUAUGACUCCAGCUGAGUUGAGAUACAUAUCUGCACCGUGUUAAGUUAGAUGAACGACUUGCAUCUAACCAAAGCCACCACUUGGGGAACCAUUGUACAAUGCCAUAACCAUACACAUAUGCUGCCAAUUUUCUUUCUGUUUUGCAAUGACAAAAGUGCCUUUUAAAAAUAAGGAAAACCAAAACAUCACAUUAAGGGACCGAUACUGGGAAUGUAGAAGUUCCAAUUUACU